CAUUUUCCUUUUAAACUGUAAACGCGGAGAUAAAAUCUGAGACAUGUAAGAAAAAUCUAUAUAACAAAAACUACUGCUUCAGCCAUCAAGUCAAAGCUUUUUGGUUUUGUUGCGAAGGGACUCGUUCGUUAUUGGCGGUGAAACGCACGGAUUACGUAAAGUGAAAGAAGUAUUUGAGGUUGUGUGUGCGUGUGUAAGCCCAGCCUUCUUCUUUACAUAGACACAGCAGUAUUUACCUGAGACCAUUACCUGUGUGAAGCGCACCUGUACGGACUCGCAUAACGUGGAUUUUACAAGAGAGAAAAAAAGACUCUGGAAGUAAAGCUCCCAAGGACGUGAGAUAUCAGUUUGACAGCUCAGACUGCGUGUGUUCAUUCGGGAUGAAGUUGACUUGGGAUAUAAACGACCCCAAGCUUCCACAGGACACGAAGCAGUAUGAUGCUUUUCAGGAGUGGACAGAUGGUUAUGUGCGUUACAUCUACAGUAGUGAAGAUAAGAAUGCGCAAAGACACCUGAGCGGAUGGGCCAUGAGAAACACGAACAACCAUAACUGUCAGAUCCUGAAAAAGUCUUGUCUUGGUGUGGUGGUGUGCUCACGAAACUGCUCUCUUCCAGACGGAUCCAAACUUCAGCUGAGACCAGCCAUCUGUGACAAAGCGCGACAGAAACAGCAGAAAAAGCUUUGUCCGAACUGUAACUCAGCUCUUGAAUUGAUUCCGUGCCGAGGUCACAGUGGUUAUCCUGUUACGAACUUUUGGAGAGUAGAUGGGAAGGCUAUAUUUUUCCAGGCUAAAGGAGUACAUGACCAUCCCAGACCAGAGAGCAAGUCUGAAACAGAGGCAAGAAGGAGUGCGGUAAAAAGAAGGAUGUCUUCACCACCCUUUUCGCAGAAGAGAAGACUGGUGGAGCCAGAGCCUGGACGAUAUCAUGACAUGGCCUUUCCAAAUAUCCACCAGCUCACCAUGGAGGGUCCAGAGCGAUUCAGCAUCAUUGCAGAGUCCAACUUCCCAAUACAGACCCAACACUAUCCCACAUUUCAGAACCCUGAGCCCUACAAAUUCCCAUACGACACACAUGCAGCAGCAAUGGCGGAUGCUCAGAGCUCACUACAGAAGCCUGCUAACCACCGUCUGUAUGUGACUCGUCCUCCCUGUGGUUAUGACUUUGCAGUCCCAGGAUACCUUGGCUCAGGGCCUUAUCCAGCAGCAUUGUAUAAGGAUCCUUCUAGCCCACAAAUGGAGACAGAACCCAAUAAGUCAGGGUCUAGCCUAAGUGGAGUGUCUCAUGGCUCAAGUCCAUUAGGCAGUCAUGAACGGAGCUAUGCUGAAUCUUCGGGAAAACAUCACGGAUGGAAGCAAAUUCUUAGUAAAGGUGGCUAUGGGGACAGAGGAGACUACUCUCAACUGCCGACUAACGCCAACCACCACUACUACAAUAGUGACUACCCAUGUAGGUACACGGGGCCUGCUGCUCCAACCCCUGCAGCGUUGCAGACCAUAAUAACCACAACCACAAAAGUUUCCUACCAGCCAUGUCCAAAGCCGUCUGUCGUCAAGUACGGAGAGAACAUUUAUGACGUGAAAGGUCUGUCUAACUGUAACUCAAUCUUAGAAGAGCCCUCUCCCAACUCCUACUCGGACCUGAAGAUUCCUGAGGAUUCGGGAGUAAUCAAAUCUGCUCUGUCAUACCAGGACACACUUCCAGCUAAAAUUGAGCGGUCUGAAAACUUUGAGGGUUAUCGAUACAGCAGUUACAGCGCAAACAGUUACCCUGAAAGAAUGUCACAUCCUUUCAGAUAUGACAGCGGGGAAUACUGAGGGACUGGAAAACAGAAGGAAAAAAAUCUCAGCAAGUAUAUACCAAUGUGCUAUUUAUGUUCAGUAUUUGAGCUCUUUAAAUGUUUUAGUUUUAAAGGAAUAAAAAAUUUUAAAUAUUUUUGUGUAAACUUUUGAUCCACGAUGAUUAAAUAUGCUGACAUCAGUGUUGAGAACAUUUCCAUUGAAUGUGUUUGAGAUCUGUGAUUCGUUAUUGUCCUUGAAAGAAAUAAAGAACAUGUGUCAAAAAAAGCAUUUAGGUGA